UCGCGCGCAUGCCGUUCAUUUCGGAUGCCGCUGGCACCGGCCAGUCAGCAUUUUUCGAAAAACGCCGCCACGUUGGGGCAAUAUAUCAUUUAAUCCGUAACACGACUCCUUUCGUCGAGAGAGCAGUAAUUACUACACGAUUGAUGCGUGCUUUGUUUUCCUUGAUGCGAUAGCUUGUCCCAGCUCGGACAGAAUUGAAUUUCCGUCUCCAUAGGCGUUGGGAGGGUACGGCUUUGACUUUUUGCGGUGUCCUCGUCCGUGUUGACGUCUCUAACCGAGAAGAACCCCUCCAGUAUCUUUGAAACAAUAUCGUUCCAACUUCGGUUGUAUUCAACGUUCGUAUUUUUUUGCACUGGAAGCGUAUAUACGGUAGUGGGAGUGGCAGCCUUUCUCGACCGGAACACCUGCGUUCCGUGCCCGUGUCUUGCCGGGGUAGCGCUACUGCGGAGCUAACUCGGACGUUAUUAGCUCCCGCGCCAUUGCUCCCCUAAACUGAAAUUCGUACCUUGUUUCCAGGACCACCGCAUUUGAAGCCGUCUUCUUGACGAAGUUUCGGUGUCGGUCUUGCAUUUUGUCGUUGCUUAGGCGGAGCGUAACGCCCUUGAGGUUUUUUUCCACUGUUGGCGCCGGUCACCUUCUCCACUGGGCAGAACUGCACGCCGGUGGAAGAAGAAUAAAUACAGAACAAACGGUCAUCUUCAAUUUUUCCCCUCACCCCCUGUCUCCAGUUUCUCUCCAAACCCUGUUUUAGCGGUGGGCUCUCUUUUGACGCACCAUCUUUGAUUGCGUCCGUGGCACACUCGGUUGAAACGGCGCGUGUCUCACGCAAACAAUUCCUCGUGGGUAGCCUCCGAUCCUCCUACAUUUCGCACCUCUUGCAGCCUCCGUUGAUUCUACCUUCCGCAGGUUAUGCCUGGCUGCACUCGAACUGCCGCGGAUUGCCCCAGAAAGCCGCGUGUAAUCCACAGCUGCAUCCAAAAGUCGCUGAGCCAUCCAGUCCCACGGCUCCUCUGCAGUCCUACGCGGGUUGUGGAUACGAUUGUGCAGGAGGAGGGCCGUGCAUUAUGGCGGGGGCUGCAGGGUCGUGCAGUGGGGAGGCCGGGAAAUCAGAGCGGCUGCGGAUGCAGCUCAGCAGUGUCGGUGAGCGCUUCAUUGGUUUCAAGACAUCUAUCGCCGACGACACAAGAAGAAGGCGGAUGAUGGAGGAGCAGAGAUUUCAGGAAGUCAAAGAGAGCAUUUCCAGACUAGAGAAGGCCCUAAACAGCGAAAUCAAACGCAGGGUGGAAGCGAAUCGUACGCUGCAGAGAGUGGCAGAGCAGAUGGCGAAUGAGAUGCUCGAACGACUGCAAACGCGGAUUGCGAAGCAAAUAGAGAAACUGACGAUAUCUAUGGACCUACUUAUUACCAGAUGCGAAGGCCUCGAGAGAAGUCUUGCUCAGAUGAAAGGCGAACUACCAAGCAAACUGGCGCAGGAGACAGUUGCUCUCGUCAGUGAACUGAUGACGCUGAAGGAACAGUUUGAGCUCGAGAAAAAAGGUAGCAUUGACCGCGAGCAGAUGCUGGUCAAACGGUUGAACGAGCUGCAGUAUGGGCUUGACGCCAGACUCGAGGCGGAGAUUGCCCUGAGGCAGGAGCAGCUAAAUCAUCUGAAAAAGGACAUCGAACAGCUCGUGAGGGGAGACGAGAGUCACGAGCAGUUCCGAACGUUCAUUGUUGAGGAGUUGCAAGCGAUGAAAAGUGGACUUGCUCUAGCGACACAAGCUCGCGAGCAGUCGGACGACGAAAUUAUCCAUGCUAUCAACCAGUACACGACAGCCUUACAGAAGGGCCUUCGAAAUAUAACAAGUCGCUAAUAACAAGCCCGGGCAACUCUUUAGUCGACUCUUCUCUCACUCCGCUAUCUUUCUGUUUUCUGUAGAUCCUGCAUACUCCGUCCCUUCUUUUAUACAAUGUCUUGCCGUAAUUUCUGCGUACAACAGAUGUUGUCGUACUGCACGCCCAUGCAAGGGGACGUGACAUGUUGAUGAUUCUCAGAGAAGAAUCAGCACGGUAUCUGGUAGGAUGUGUAUUUCCCUUCUUCAAAAGAUGUGAGCGGUUUUGGCAGGCUCCAACCGCAGCCAGUCUCUGCCUUCAAAACAGGAAAAGCCAAUCCGAGCACCGGAUGCAUUUGGUAUUGCUG